AUGGAGGAACCGAAAUGGAGCUGUCACCACGACGAUCAAGAUGAAUUUCACGACGCGCUCGACGAUUUCCCGUUCUAUGAUGCGUUUGAAUCUUUCUCCGAACCGAUAGAACCUCGAGUGUCGAUCCAAUCUGAAAACCCUAAUCUAUCUCCGGCGGAUAAUGACCUGUCCCGGCCAGAUAUACGCCGUCGUCGGUCAAAAUUGAGGAAUUCGCGAAAAAGUGAGGAAAGCGCGAGUGAAUUGGGAAAUUCCGAUCCAUUAGAAACCAAAUUCAGAUCAAAUUCACCGGAAAGCACCGUAAUUGAUGAGAAGGGCGAGACAAGUGAACAACCUUCUACUGUAACAAAUGCAACUGCCCCUGAUACCACGCGUGAGGAUUUAGCAAGGAAUGGCUCGAGCUUGCGAGACCACGAAGAAGAAGCUGCACAUUCGAGUCUUUUAUUGACUCUAGCUGGUAUAGUAAUCAAGUGCAUUAGCUUCCAAAUUCUUUUGUCUGUAAAAGUAAUUACGUUCCCCAUACAUUCGUUGUAUUACCUGUACAUGCUUGCUUACGAUCCGUUCGGGUUUUCGAAGAGCUGCAGAGAGUAUUUAUUUGGGAAAAUUAAUUCCAUUUGGAGUUCUGUGUACCAACUUGUUACAGAGUUCAUCAACGAAUGGUUUAAAGAACACCAGUCGAUUUGGAAACUCGUAUUGAAAUGCCUAUGGGGAUUAAUGUGGUCUUGUUAUGUGUGUGCCGUUUUAGUGGGAUUGUUGUUUUCGGCUUUUGUGACGAGUGGAAUAUUAAUAAAGGUGGUGGUGGAGGAGCCUACUAGAAUACAAAGGAGUUUGAAUUUUGAUUAUAAGGAGAAAAGCCCGGUGGCAUAUGUACCUAUAGUAACAGGCUCGGAGUUCAUUCACGACAUGUAUCUUGGGGAGAAUCGUGAACUUGGGAAAGGUGGUGGAUCAAGAAUUAUACCACCUUAUCACAAAUUGAAGGUUACUGUUGCAUUGACUUUGCCCGAGUCGGAGUACAACCAAAAUCUCGGGGUAUUUCAGGUCAGAGUGGAUUUCCUUGCUGCUGAUGGCCAAAUUCUCGCAACCUCGAGGCGCCCGUGCAUGCUUCAGUUCAGAAGUCCACCAAUACGACUUCUGCUGACUCUUCUCAAGCUUGCCCCAAUCUUAACCGGCUACACAUCUGAAACCCAGAAUAUAAACAUAAAUUUCAGAGGCUUCACGGAAGGCCUAAAGCCAACCGCCAACUUAAGAGUGGUGAUGGAGCAGCGAGCCGAGUUCUCGCCUGGUGGUGGCAUUCCCGAAAUAUACAACGCGCAUUUGACCCUAGAAUCCGAGCUUCCUCUAGUGAAAAGGGUGUUAUGGUUUUGGAAAAAGACAUUGUUCGUGUGGAUUAGCAUGGUUAUCUUUACAGUGGAGCUCUUUCUUGCCCUACUUUGCUGCAGGCCGAUUGUGAUCCCGAGAAUUUGCCAGAGACGAGCCGUCUCUAAUAGAAGCACAAAUUAA